AUGGCGGCAACGUUGCUUGGUCAGCUUCCAUUGUGGAUCUUUGCCACGUUGCUGACGUGGGCCGUGUGCUGGUUUGCUGUCGCGCCGGUGUACUGCCAGGAUGAGCCGACCUGCGCCAAACAAUUGAAGACCUACCCGCGCUACUACCACCUUGUGUCUACCGCCGCUUUGAUUGCAAUGUGUGGGCAUGAGGUCAUGGGCUUGAUCGCCACCUACAUGGGAGCGCAGCAAACGCAAGCCUUGAUCCCGCACUUGAAGAGCCGGUGCCUGCCCAGUUUCCUGCUGGCACUGAUGUUCGGAGUGCUGGCCACGGCUGAGCGGGGCUUCUCGCGAUCUGAGUGGACCGUUGCGCAUGUGAUGCCCAGCGCGGACGGCCUGACAGCCGCCGGCCGGCCAGUAUAUACCAUGCAGUACAUGGAGUGGGGCAUCAACGUGCCCAUUCUUUUCAUCUUGUCGGGCUACUGCAGCCUUGGCCGGCCCAUCUCGGAGAUCUCUCGCCCGCUGGUGGUGACCAACAUUUACGUGAUCUUUUGCUGGGCGGCCACUGCCACGGACUCAGGGCUCCUGAAGUGGCUGCUGAUCGCGGUGUCAUUCGCCAUGUACGCCUGGGCCUCUGUGGACAUGCUGGGUUGGGUCAGCGAGUUCGAGCGUGCGGCGCCCCGGGACUUCAGCUCCUUGCAAGUGGCUGGCUGA